AUGGAGACCGUACUACAAGCUGCUGUGAUUUUGGGCUCGCAGCAGGCUAUUCCGGCUGACAUAUGCGGGGAAGUUGAUGCAGUGUGCUUGAGCCAUGCCAAGUUGUUGCUUGGUGGAGAAUACGAGGUCCUCAUACAAGAAACUCUUGGAUCAAUAGACUUGUUGAAAGACUUUGAUGUCCAUGGGCCCGUGGGGCUAUAUACGCAUAUCAAUGCCCAGAUUGCCGCUUACUGUGGCAACCACCCAAAUUCUGCUUUAUUCUUUGCUGUGGCUCUAUUGCAGUCUUUUAUUCAAAGUAACUUUACAGGACCUGCACCUGCUUGCUCGGCGUAUGAGCUUUUACACUGUACUGAGGAGCAGCGACCCAUCAUCCACGAACAAUGUAUCGCCCUUUUGAGCGUUCUGGGUCAGCCCGCUUACGAGCUUUGCGACGAUGCUAUUUUUCUCGUACUGAGCUUGGUGAUACUGGAAAUUAUUUCUGGGCAAUCCUCACUACUAGACAAACAGCUAGAUGAUAUUCCUGUGAUGGAAAUUUCAGAGACGGAAACGUCAGCCCUCGUGGCAUGCGCACACUGGUGGAGAGCCAGAGCAUUGUUGGUGCAACUUUCGUUACUACCAGAGGUUUCAGGUCCCCAUCCAAUUGUAGCGUCUUCCAUUUUCAAUAGUAUUGGUUUAGUUUUGGCAAUUACUAAGGAGCUUCCCGAUCAUCUAAAGUCGGACAUGGAAAACCAGUUGGGAAUUUCUUUUUACCUAGAAAAUAUCAAAUGUUCUUUGGCAACCAACACUGAGCAUCUAUGUCUGCCUUCACUGAUCAAGGUACAAAAAUUAACGGGGCUCCAGUUUGUUUUAACUGGCGCCAAAGCUAAGAGGACCAAGUAUCAACAAGAAGCUCGCUCGGGUCUAAUUAUUCUUGCCAACUCUUCUCCAAUGGCAUUGGGCUUGAGCGAAGACUCUCCUUCAGCUGAGCCAGAAAGCUUUGCCUUAGAGUCUGACCACCUACUGGAUAGACCUGUCUUUCAAUCCAUAGGAGACGAACCUCUGGACCAGCAAAUAGUCAAGCGCCAAAAAUUUGACCCCCCAAGUGGCCUUGAUGACGAAAAGCUUUUACCUGUUGCUCUAAGACAGGAGGAUAUACCUUUGGAGCUGCGUCAGCUGGACCCUAACCAACAGCCGGCAUUAGCUGACUGCGACAAUAUCCAACUACUUCUUCGUUUGCAAGUCAUUCGCCAAACCACGCCUGCGAAAAACCCAAUUGUUGAGCAGGAACUUCACGCUAUCGUUGGCCGUGUUUUAUAUCAAGCGGGGCUGAAAAACUGGACAAUCUUUUCAAGAGCCUUAUGGGAAAGAUCUGUUAUUGAAACUACAGGGGCCAAGACUAUUGAAAGAGGUCUGCUACAGAUGCAGUCUUUGGUUGAAGAAAUGGGUUUAAAGAUUACCACUCGUUUGCUGCCUAAGGAAAAUGGAGAAAUCCAAGUCAAAAACACAGAAAGAAUGCGGUAUAUACAUCAAUUACCUUUUGUUCCAAGGUGGGCGUUGGAUAUGAAGCUGGCUGAGAUUUACAUGUCCUUGGGGAUACUCAAAUCGGCCGUCGAGAUAUAUGAGAGACUUUCGAUGGUCUGUGAGGCGGCAUUAUGUCACGCUGCUGUUGGAGAUGAGAAGACCGCUGAGGAAAUUUUAUUAAAAAGGAUUCAAAAGUACCCAAAUGAUGCUAGAGCUCUAUCCAUUCUAGGGGACAUCCGCCAAGAUCCUGAUCUAUGGGAGAAAAGUUGGAAAAUUGGGAAAUAUGUCAAUGCCAAAAACUCUCUGGCAAAAUACAGCUACAAUCCGCCCGCAAGUUCAGGGCAGGAUAAGGAUUAUGUCUCAUGCCUCAGACACCUAAACGAAUCGCUAAGUCUCUAUCCCCUCUCUUUUGAAACAUGGUAUUUCUAUGGGUGCGUUGGUCUGGAAUGUGGUAAAAUGGACCUAGCUGCAGAAGCAUUCACGAGAUGCGUGUCUCUGGAUUCAACACAUUCUUUAUCGUGGUCAAAUCUGAGUGCCGCUUUCAUGGAACAAGGAAAAUUGAAGGAAGCGCAUAGCUGCCUCAGUAAAGCCACGAGCUCUGACUCUCCCAGCAAUUGGAGAAUUUGGGAUAAUUACCUGCUAGUUUCUCUGAAACUUAAUAAAUGGGAUGAUGUACUUCUUUCCUGUAGAAGAUUGGUCGAGUUGAGGAAAGAUAAGGUUGGUGACUUUUCCAUCGACUUGCCAGUUGUGGAAAAAUUAGUCGAACUGCUCGUAAGCUCAGAUUUUCCACUUGACUCGUCUAAGCGUCUCACGCAUUUUCAGUCCUCAUGCAUGGAAUUUAUUUGCGAAACCUUGCCUGGGGUUGUUACUUCAAAUUCAACAUGUUGGAAACUGGUCGCUAAAGUUGAGCUGUGGAGAAGAAGACCUUGGGCCUCUUUGGACUGCUUUGAGAAGGAAUACAGAGCAAUGUCGCAUAAUCCUGACCUGGAGUUUAGCGAAAAAGUGUGGAAUGACACAGUAGAUGCAUGUGAUGAUCUAGUGUCAGCAUACGAGUCGCUGGGUGAGAUGGAAGGAAAGCAUGGGCCCGGCAGCUUGGUCUGUAAGGACUGGAAAUACAAAGCCAGGUCAGCCAUCAAAGCAUUGAUGAGCAGAGGAAAGAGUAACUGGGAAGAUUCCGAGGGCUGGGACAGAUUAGUAGAAUUGAGAAGUAAUCUAUAA